AUGGCAUGUAGGUUUUCAGAGGAGGAUUUGUCCUGUCCUGUGUGCUGUGAAAUCUUCAAUGAUCCUGUUCUUUUGCAUUGCAGUCACAGUGUGUGUAAAGUGUGUUUGCUGCAAUUCUGGGAGACCAAAGGAUCCAGAGAAUGCCCUGUUUGUAGGAAGAAGUCGUUUCUGGAACAUCCUCCACUGAACUUGGCUUUAAAGAAUUUGUGUGAUGGGUUUUUACAGGAGAAAAGUCAGAGAUAUUUACCAGCAUCUGGAACAGUCUGCAGUCUGCACAGUGAGAAACUCAAACUCUUCUGUCUGGACGAUCGACAGCCGGUGUGUGUGGUGUGUCAGACUUCAAGAAAACACACCAACCACAAAUUCUGCCCCAUUGAUGAGACUGUAACAGACUGUAAGGAGGAGCUCAAAAAAGCACUGAAGCCCCUACAGGAGAAACUGAACACCUUUAAAGAGUGCAAACUGAAGUGGAAUCAGACUGCAGAACAUAUAAAGAUUCAGGCCCAACACACAGAGCGUCAGAUUAAGGAGCAGUUUGAGAAGCUUCACCAGUUUCUACGAGAUGAAGAGGCAGUCAGGAUCGCUGCACUGAGAGAGGAAGAGGAGCAGAAGAGUCAGAUGAUGAAGGAGAAAAUUGAGAAGCUGAGCAGAGACAUAUCAUCUCUUUCAGACACAAUCAGAGCCAUAGUAGAGGAGAUGAGAUCUGAAGACAUCCUGUUCUUACAAAACUACAAGGCCACAGUGAAAAGAGCCCAGUGCACACUGCAGCAUCCAGAGGAGCUUUCAGGAGCACUGAUCCAUGUGGCAAAACAUCUGUCCAACCUGAAGUUCAGAGUCUGGGAGAAGAUGCAGGACACUGUCCAAUACACACCCAUAACUCUGGACCCCAACACUGCCGAUCCUUUUCUCAUUCUGUCUGAUGACCUGACCAGUGUGAGAUGCAGUGACAACAUACAAAAGCUUCCUGAUAAUCCAGAGAGAUUUGAUGAUUGCUUGUGCAUACUGGGCUCUGAAGGAAUUAACUCAGGGACAUAUAGCUGGGAUGUGGAAGUUCAAAAUUGCACAAUCUGGUUUGUGGGUGUGAUAACAGAAUCUGCUCAGAGAAAGGGAGAUAUAUUCUCUAGACAUGGAGUCUGGUGUGUGUGGUAUAAGGACAAUCAAUAUAAAGCAUGUUCUACACCACAUCCAGACUCUUACCUUGCAAUAGCACAGAAACUCCAGAGAAUCAGAGUGCAUCUGGACUGGGAUGAAGGAAAAUUGUCAUUCGUCGAUCCUCUCACUAACAAACACAUUCACAGUUUCACACAGAGAUUUAAUGAGAAAUUACUGCCAUUUCUUGUUGUGGGUUGUAAAGUACAUGCUAUAAGAAUCCUCCCUUGUCAAUGCUCUGUAAGACUCAUUCAGUUCAGCUGAACCAGAUAUUAUUUUUAAUUAGAACUUCUAGAUUAAAUGAUCGAUAUUCAUAGCAAUGUCUUUAUUUGUCUAUGAAAAUUACAUUUAGGGCUUGCAUGCUUACAUAGUAGGUUCUAAGAACAGGAAGACCAACAAAUUUUGAAUGUAUAUUUAUUGAUUGAAGCUUUUAAUCAAUGAAGGCUUGGAGAUUUGUGUCGAGUAUCAGUGAGAAAACUUGUAAAACUUAGAUAAAAUGAUUAGUUUGCUAGGUGUUAUGUGUAAAACUGCGCAUCGGAGAAGACGUUUGUGGUUCUGUGUAGAUCUGAUUGACUUCGAUGUCAAUAGAUAAUCAUGCAGAGUUUAAAAUACAUUUAAGGGUUAAUUCAUUUUCCUUACUGCAAUCAUUUCAUGAAUGUUAAAUCCUUAUAAUGGUCUCAGAUUCAAUGUUUAUCAAGAUCUCUGUUCAUUAAUAAGUGAGAAUAAGAUUUUAACAUAGAAAUACGGGGUGAGAAAAAAAGCCACAAUGCUAAUACACUUAUUUUGACCUAACUUUUUGGUGAUGAGAGUCAAUGUUGUCCUGCAUUCAAAAAAAUUUGGACCAAUGAGUUAGUACAAUGCUUGAAUACUUAAAAUCAUGAUUACUAGGUUCAUACUUAA